GCGCAGCGCUGUCACGCCGCGGUGUCACGCCGCGGUGUUGCGAGGAGCGCAGCGCUGUCACGACGCGGUGUCACGCCGCGGUGUGCCGAGGAGCGCGGCUCCAUCGCCGGGGAGGCUCCUGCGCCGCCUCUCCCGUGGCCGGCUCGUGUCUGAGCCCUCUUUUCAGCGUCCGUUGUGCAUUUCUGUGGAUGGGGGUGCGCCGGGGACAAACCCUUGCUGCUUCUCGGCACAUCUACGUUCGGACCUUGGUGAAAGCCGGCUUGGUGUUCCCCGGGUUCCUGGCAGGUGUGAGCUGGCUCAGGAGUGCCAUGAAAAUGGCCACAUUACCAGGCUAAUCAAAGCAAAUAGUUUUCCCGAUGACUUGGGACCAGUACCUUCAGUGGCAGAGUAAAAGCCAAGCUGGCUGUCACUAAGGGACCAAAGGGGACAUUAGCCCUAGGCUCCCGCAGGACUGCAGAAUGACAGCAAGUUAAACUUGCUACAAGGAGCGUGUAGUACCAGGCUGGUGGAUCUGCCCAACUUGGAGAAGAUGUAGGUGUUGGAGGGAACGUUUUCAGAUGUAGCUGAACUGUAGAAACUUCAGAAGUUGCAACAGUGGCUGCCUGAACGCAGACGGGUUCCCUGUUGCCAUCGGCCUUGAGUCAGAGCUGGGAGAGUUUAUUUCUGCAAGGAGGGGUUCUGCUGACGGGUUCGUGUUGGUGUUUGGAAAUGGGAGGAGAAACUAGCUUAGCUGUGGAAACUGGGUGCUGGGCGAGCCAGGCAGCCUCAGAGCUUCCUCAGUCCUUCCAGGUGAUCUUCACACCCUUCACAGUGGGCAAUAAAGUAACAGUAAUUCCUGGAUCACCUCCUCUUCCCAGCUCUCAGGUGGUUCUUUGAACACUGGAAUGAUGUACCACUUUGCAUGCGAGUGGAAAAAAUGACAUGCCUUUUAAAAUGAGGGAAAGCUUCUCAGCACAAUAAACAGAGAUCACAACCAUUCAGGAUGACUCUUCUCAGCUGGCAGAUGGAACAGGCAAAAGAUCCGACAUGUCUUUGUAAGUGUGAGCAAAGGUGGUACUUCAGAAAGGAGAGAAGCAUCCUGUGGCAGUCACCGAGAGACUUACUACAGAUGGCAUAAUUAAAUUUUCAUAAUUUGAUGUCAUCAAGUCUGCUGGGGAAUGGAAAACUUAAGAAUCAGUAGAAAAAGUAGUGUCCUGUGAAAGGGAAUAAGCUUGCCAUUCAUCUCCAGCUAAAUGGAAGGACACCAUUCACAAAAAAAGGAGGGAAGAAUGUUACUUUUUUCACUGAAGAAACCCAACAUACUGAUAGAAAGCUGCCUUUACCAUUGCAGGUAGCUAAAAGACCGUAUUUAUCAGGAGUUUUUAUCUUCAUGCUUUCUUUUAGGUAAAGGCAAAAAGUAUUGCUGGUUUUCACAUAAAGCCUGUAGUAGCUGAGUGGUGGUGGUACAACCACGACCAGUCUGGUUUAGCAUCAUUAAAAGGCAGAGACGGCUAAGGGAUUACAUCCACUGGCAAGCUUGCUGCUUUUUUUGCCUUGUCCUGGUAUGUGUUAGCUAAGAGAAACAUUUAUGCUUAAAUGACUUCUCUGUAAUUUUUGUUUGUAUUUUAAUCUUUAAUAAUUAUGUCAAAACUUUAUGCAAAAUUCUUCUACUUCUAAGACUGUGCUAAUAUAUUAGGAUUUUAAAAUACUUUCAGAAUGAGAUGCAAAUUCAGUUUCUUUUACAUUAUGAAAUUGCAGCUUCUUGUAAUUAUAAGAUGGCACAAUACUAUCUAUCCUACGUACUACACAAAAGUAAUUUCAUGUAGAUAUAAGUUCUUUAAGAUUUUAAUCUUCAGCUACAGGGUAUGGGCAUACUUAUCUUGUGGGGCCAUUUUUACAAAGUCUUGAUUAGCAAUACAAAACAACUCCUCUUGAAGAAACUCUCGUGGCAAACAAGGAAAUGUGACUGCACAGCCUGAAAAACAAAUAGUAACUUCCUGUAGUAUGUUUGUUGUAUGGUAUUCCACAGGAAAGCUGGGAGCAGGUAUGCAUUCUAGUUCCUUACUUGUAAAGGGUGGUGUCUACCAGUGUUAGUAUUGAUAUUGUCAGGUGCAAAUGAAGAUAUGCUGUCAAAUUUCAUACUGGUUUUAUACUUUCAAUAUUUUCAAUAUUCCUUCCUAAACAGUAUUAGGUGAAUUAUCCAAGUCUGCUUGUAGUUAAUUGUGCAGUGAAGUACUUUUGACCGAACAUUAGUAUUUGCAGAGCUGAAGUAUGCACAGACACAGAAGCACAUCCUUUUCUACCAAGUCUCCAAGUGUUUUUUUCAGUUGAAAAAAAAGUGAGUGUAUCACUGAUGGUACCACUCAGCAGGAUGACUCUUUUAUGUGUUACUUUAAUUUUUUAAUUAAAGGGGAAACAUGCAAAGCAAAAUUGUUUGUGGCAUCUAAUGCUUUGUAUGAAUCACAGUGGACCGAGCUUUUGUACUUCUGCAUCAGCUGUUUCGUAUUUCAACAUGUCUUCACACUAAGACCUCUUAUUUCCAAAAAGGUUGUCUUUAAAAGCUAUUCCAGCCUAGACUGUCUGAUCCAUGCUGUUUGCAUGAUGCAGGCUACCAUGAGAAACUGUGAAACGUCAGCCUAGACCACUGUAAGCCCUGUUGCAUCAUUGCUGCCUGUCCCCUCCUUCCCCACGCAAAACAGCGACUCCGUUUGUUCUCAGAAAUGCAAUACCUUCCUUUAAAAAAGCAUGUCUAGGCUGAUGACAGUGAAGUUGCCCCCACGGGCUGCCAUAGUAAUGAUGCUGCUAAGGGUGGGCUGGCUGAGAGUGUGAAGCUUCAGUCCCAGCUGAGGAUCACGCGCUCUGCAGCUGCGUGGCAGGGAUGGCCAGGGGGACUGGCCCUUGCAGGCUGCGGUCUUCCUCCAGCUAGGGGGCUUUGAGGUGAGCUGGCAAUUGCUGUGAGGUGUAAUGAGGCCUCCACCCCAAAAUUUUAUGAAUGGUCAAAGAAGAUCUGGCUCACUCAGUAGUCACUGUAUAUGCUAAUAAAACAUAUUAGUGCCCUCAUGUAGCAAGAGUUUGCUCCCUUUGUAGAGUUUCCGUCUCUUUUAUUUGUUGUUUCCAAAUCUCAGGUACAAAUGUAGAAGCAGAAGCCUGGAAUCACAGCAGGCUUGCUCUAGCAGGAAAGGCUGAAAUCAUGGGUUUGGCUAUAUGUUUGUGUUUUGGGGAUGUGGUCUGCACAACACAAAAGAACCCUUUCAUCUUGAGGUUUCAGGUUAGCUUCCAAGUUUUUAAGUUGAAUUUUACAUUGAAGAUAAUAUUUGAUGCAUUCCUUGGUAUUGCCCCAAUUGCUUGACUGAGCCAAUGUAGUGCAAAAUAUAUAUAUAUAUAUAUAUAUAUAAAACAAUGGACGCAUCAGUGAAUUACAGGAGUGGGUAAUGACCUGGGGCAGCAGUGUGUAUUUUAGGUAGGUUUUGUGAGUUAUUUGCAUGGUCAGAAAUGAUAAGUGCUCUGGGAAGACAUGGAAAGGAGUGAGCAGAGUGAGGACGGGGCUCCUCCGGAGCUGUGCCUGGCUCAGGAAUCACUCAUCCUCCUUUUUCUCCUCCCAGGUGCUGUGCUGUCUUUUGCUUGCCAUGACUCCUGCCAAGCGUGGUGCCAGAUCAUCAACGUGUCUGAAUCACGCUCUUCUCUCCUCUCCUCUAUGGAUGGGACUCUCAAUGAAACGAACCAGAGCAUUUCCAUGCCAUCUGGAAGCAAGUAUCGCCUCUACAUUGGCUUGGCUUUGGCAAUAGGUUCCAGUAUCUUUAUUGGUUCUAGUUUCAUAUUGAAGAAGAAAGGACUUUUGAAACUAGCAGACAAAGGAGUCUGCCGAGCUGGACAAGGUGGAUAUUCUUAUUUGAAGGAAUGGCUUUGGUGGGCUGGAUUGCUGUCAAUGGGAUUGGGGGAAGCUGCAAACUUUGCUGCCUAUGCCUUUGCACCUGCAACCUUAGUUACCCCCUUGGGUGCCCUGAGUGUUCUCAUAAGUGCUAUAUUGUCAUCCUAUUUUUUAAAUGAGAAGCUGAAUAUUCACGGAAAGCUGGGCUGUGUGCUGAGCAUUUUGGGGUCAACGGUCAUGGUUAUUCAUGCCCCCAAGGAGGAGGAAGUCACCUCACUAGAUGAGAUGGAAAGAAAGCUGCAAGAUCCAGUGUUUGUUACGUUUGCUGUUCUCCUAACAGUUGUUGCCCUCAUGCUGAUUUUUAUCGUGGCUCCAAGGAGAGGUCAGACAAAUAUACUGAUCUAUAUUUUAAUUUGCUCACUCAUUGGUGCCUUCUCUGUCUCAUCUGUGAAAGGCCUGGGCAUUGCCAUUAAAGAAAUGCUGGAGCAGAAGCCAGUUUAUCGACAUCCACUGGUUUUUGUUUUGGUGGGCAUCUUAGCGCUCUCAGUCAGUACUCAGAUCAACUAUCUCAACAAAGCAUUGGAUGUGUUCAAUACAUCUCUAGUGACACCUAUUUAUUACGUGUGUUUCACCACAACGGUUGUGACAUGCUCUAUCAUCCUGUUCAAGGAGUGGAGUAGUAUGGACCUGGGUGAUAUCACUGGAACCCUGAGUGGAUUCUGCAGUAUCAUCAUUGGCAUUUUUCUGCUGCACGCUUUCAAAAAUACUAACAUCACUUGGAGUCAGUUGAUGUCCACUGUUGCCAAAGGACCAUCAUUACCACACCAUGAAUACGAAACCUGUCACACUUUACUGGAAAGCAUGGAAGACCCAGCUUUGGCACAUGAGGAGGACAACGUUUUAUUCAGUCAGUGAAACUCAGGCGGUGUUCAUCAUUGAAGUAUCAUGAAUUGCAGACUCAGUACACCUGUGUCUGCCAGAAUGCUCUUCUUUUCUGCAGUUCUCUGGAAAACUGUAAGGCCCAUUAAGUGUGGGGCACUCCUCUGUGUGCUAGUUGUUGGUAGUAAUGAAUGAAAAUGUUCAGUAAUUAAUAUGACAGAAACCUGAUAGUGAUUGUAUGUUAGGCAUUGAAAAACUUUGUCCUUUUCUUAAGCAGCAUUUCCUAUUGGAGAAUUUUAGCAGAAAAGAAUGGCCUUUGUGAGCAAUGUUUCCAAAGUGCAAUUUUCCCAUCAUGAUGAAAGAUAAUCCUUGCUGAAGUGAUAAGUACUCUGCUGUUAUCUUACUGAGGCCUUAAUAUUUCCAGCUAGCUUUCUAUUUUUAUAAUUUACUGCCAAGCAAACUUGUAGAUGCUCUACAUGGAGGGUAUUCAUUGGAGAUACAAUAUGAAGAAAACAGUGUUUAACCCUUUUAGCUUUUAAUAUAAAAUCUUAUGCAAGAUUUUUUCACUUUUGAUCGCCUACCAAUGAACCUUGAAUAGACAUCACACAAAAAAAUUAUUAAAUAUGGUUCUUGGUAACCAGUCUCCUUCAGAAUCCAUUUUUUGACAGCAAAGCCUUAGCUCUUCUACCCAAGGAAUCAGGAACAGAUUGCAAAUCCAUAAAUGUACAUGUACCUUUUUAUUUCAAAGCUAUGACCAAUUACAUUUUAAGAAAAAGCACAUUCAUUAAAGGCCUGCAAACAGUUGCUAUUGGCUCAAAAAAUUACAUAAGAUGAAAGAAUAAAGUAUUCAAAAGCAGAAGAAAACCAGAAUGUGCAAUUAAGAAUUUCCACUCUGUUUUAUACUACUUUGAGGUUUAAGAAGGGACUUCACUUUUUUCCAUACUUCUUCCUAAUAUUUCCAUCUAUUCAUCAAAAUUAAGCUUUUCAAAAAUUUUUCUCAUUUUCGGGAAAGGUAUCAUUGUUUCUUAAUAGCAGAACAGUCCUGUUAUCAUAUAUUCCGUUAUUAAGGCAAAAUCCAUUUUCCAAUCCAUCUGCUAUUUCUAAAAAUACUAGGUAAAGGAAGGGCUGUAAACAAGGGGUAAGAAACAUCAAAACAUCUUUUGUUUUAGUUUGGCCUUUUCAUCUUUUCUAAAAAUGAGUAUUCACCACUAUUAAAUGUUUUAGCUAUUAACCCACUGUGGGCCUUGAAGAUUAGUAUCUGUACCACAGUAUGCUCCUCAGUUGUGGUCACUGAUCUUUAUCUCACAAGAAGUUUGCACAGUCCAUGGUUUACUCAUUACAAUCCCCUUUGUUGCCACUUGGUGAGCAAGAAAGUACCUUCAGCAGUCAGAUGUGUGGGUCAUGACGAGCUCAUCAGAAAGGUAGUAUUUCCAAUUCUUGGGGUUUUGAGUGUGAGUCUAGAACAUUUGCCAGAGGAUGCUAGCAUUUCCGCAAUUAAAAACUGAUUUUAAUUAGCUGAGAUCUAUAUGCCAAGCAGAACCUCCUCAGCCUCCUUGGGCUGUAUAUUCUCUAAUGUUCAAAGAGUGUAGUAAAAGUGGAUACUUCAGGUGGAUAGCGAAUUGUUCCGUGAAAAAAAGCUCUUAAUUUAGCUGUAAGAACAAAAAGGUUGCUGUUGAUAUUUCAUAUAUGUUUGUGUUGUGCAGUUGUGAUGCCAAAAUGACACAGAGUAACUGCUCAGAGACAAAUUUUGUCUUUAAGCAGCAAAGGUAUUUAUUUCGUGCAACGUUGGGGAGCUAGCCGGUUCGCACUGGACAAACUAGCUCCAAAGUUUUCAGUGAAAAGUCAGGUAAUUUAUACAGUUUUCAUGAGAGGUUACAACAUCUUUACAUACAUAUUCAUUUGAUUUUGACAUCUAAUCAUCAUAUUCAUAAUGGGUGGGGUCUAGGUGGAGUAAACCUUUCAACUUUCUUUGUUCAACAAUCUCCUGACUCAUGGUCUCCUCAUCUCCUUCAGGUGCCCACCUUAUCUUCUCUAAUUAUUCAGAGUACAUGCCUUUAAUAUCGUCAGUGGAACCAUUUCUAAUUAUUCAGACAGGCUGUGCCAUCUCUCUAUAUCUUAUCUCAACACAAACAGCAUCACCCAGAGCAUUGUACCAAGCUCAUCCUGACUAAUCUUUCUAAGACUUUGCUCUGUUUCAGUUGUUUCCUUUUUGAAAGAUAAUCAUGAAGUACCUCAGUUGUUAGUUGUUUUUAAUGAUGCUUUAGAAGUUAUCGAAAACUAGAAAAUAACACUAGGGAUACUAGCUUAAAGUUAUUUCUUGAGUUCCAAGCACCUUUUUUUCACUUGGCUAGCUUUGUAGUUGACAUGCCUACAGGAAGAAGUAGAAAUUCUAUCAAUCACCUUAUUUCUAAACCCUCAUUUUUACAAUGAAGAGCAUAUCUGAAAAAUGUGAUACUGGAAAGCGUGUCCAGUUCUUCUGCUCACAGUACUAUGUAAAAUACUGCAGGUAGAGAAGGCCAGAUGUCAUUAGGCAAUGGGUAUUCAGGUUAUCAACUGUGAUUACCUAGUUUGAGAAGUACAUCCAGCAGUACAGGAGGUGGCAGCAGUGUUACCAAGUACAUUCACCAAAAAUGUACUUUUCUUGAAAAUAUGACAUUGUAUACAGCUUUGGAAUAUUUUUUAGCUUCCCAGGUGAUAAAACGUGCCACAAUUCUUUGCUGUUAAAAUGCAUGUGUUAAAAAAGCUUCAGAGAAGAAAAUUUAUAAACAGUUUCAUUAUUUCCUAGUUAAUGUAGGUAGUACUUUGGCUUUAUCGGCCACAUUCAAGGUACAAAAUCUUUAUAGAUAAAAACAGGUAAAACAAAUAAUAAAAAGACCAAAGAUGGAGUUUUCUUUACAGUUUGCCUUUUAACAAAAAAUUGCAUUGCUUUUCACUGUGAAUUACUCAUACAAUUUAAAGAAUAACUGGAGAAAGUAUUGAUUGACCCUAAAAAGAGAAAAAGAAAUCAUUUUGUAUAGCUCGUGGCCCUUCUGUUUGCUUAUACAAUCAUCACUGUGGGGUGACCAAAUGGGUUAUUUGUACAAAAAAGCAACCAGUCCAAUUCUUGAAUGGAUGUGUGUUGGUGUUUUUUUAAGAUACUUUCUUUGAGAAGGGUAUCUUUUUAUACCAACUCCUGGCAGUCAGUUAACAUAUACCAGGAAAAAUUCUGUAUUUCCUACUGGACUCAUGUAUCUGCUUUUAUACAUAAAUAACAUCUUCUAGGAAAAUAAUGUUAUUUUCCUACAAUGUCAGAAAACCAAGUUAAUGCUUAUUUUCUUGGUGUACAAGAAGUCUAUCAUUUUAAGAAGUAAAUUAUUAUGUUUUGUAUAAAAAAACUUGUGCUAUAAGAGACAUUAUUUUUUAAAAUGUUUAUAUUUAGUUAUUAAUUUGGAAUAACUUUAAUUUUUUAGUGAAAUUAUGCUAAUAUUGCUCUUGUAAUAAAUUAUUCCUGGAUUAUGUACUAAAUGAUCUGGUUUUUAAAGAAAGGAUAAAAAGGAGUGUAAUUCAUAUUUCUGGUAAGUAUUUAAACACUAUCUAUCUGAUGGAUCCAAAGAGAAUAAUCCCGAUUUUAGCAGCUGGUCCUAGGUACAUGUAAGUGGAUCCUAGGUGAGGAAGGUCUGACUAAUGUCCCUGCAGUUCAUGUGCAUCUGACCUGAUCACGGCCUCCUUUUAGUAGCUUUGACUUUUACUAGUUUUUCUGAUAGGAAAGCAAAUUUCCUACUCCCCUAGAAAAACCAAGUGUGAAAGUACUAUAUAUUCACCUUGAGCUAAAAGGUCUGAAAUGUUAUGAUGGAACUGGAGAGAAGAGUAUGGGUAGAUCUGGAUGUUUUAACUUCUUCUACAGAAUUACCCAGUUUUUCUAGAUUUGUUCUGUACAAAGCAUCGGCAAGGAAAAUUUAAUGCUGAUGCUUAGUGGUCAAAAGACAGGGAUUUUGAGGGACAAAAAUAAGGGGUAAGUGAAAAUGCCUUUCCAUCUAAACUAGGGAAGAGAAGCCAAAGCUGAUGUGUUAGGGAUCUCUUUCUCAUGGCCAGUCUUGAUGGAGAGUAUUUCAGUGAGUUGUCAGGUUUUCCAGGCAGUGAAAUUAACAAAAGACCAAAGGAGAAAUGUGAAAUAAUCCAAGGAACUGAUGAGGCUGGCGGAAUACAGGCACAACACGGGCAUAUUGACCCUGUAGAGUCAAUGUUGUGGAAGCAGGGUAAGAAAAACAUUUGCAGACCCACUAAUGGCUGAGACAAACUAGUCACAAGUAACCUACUCUCAUUAUAAUGUAAUUAUAAUAGUAAAAGUAACUCCCCUUGAAGCAGAAACUUUGAAAAGGUACACACACACACACACACAACCUCUGGAGCAUGCGUACCGUAUAUAAUAUUUUUAAAUGAGUUAUAGCCAAUCAUGUUGUAUAGCAAUUUGCUGUUUGUUCAACUGUAUAUAAAUGUCCUAAAACCAGGAGAAGGAGCGUUAAGUUUGGAUUUACCACCUAGCACCCAUCUGUGCAGACAUGAAAUAAACAUCUCAGCUGUGGGUUCAUCAGCUUUUGCACACCAGGUGAUGAACCCUGAUUUGGGGACAACAAAAUGAAUAAUAUUAUCUAAAGUAAUUUGAAGUGUUUUGGAAAGUAGGGCACAUGGUUAAGAACUAGAACAUAGAAAACCUCAGAGCCAAUACGUUGCUAACCAAAUUACGGCUUUUACAUGCGGAUACAAAACAAAUCUUGGCAACUAGUCAUUACUACCAUACCUCAGGACAAAUUAAUGAGCAAUUAAAUUCAUUACAUAGCUACACUGACUGACUAAAUGUAGGUAGGUCAAGAAGGCUUGGAUAGGUUAAAUAAUCUGCAAGGAGACUGGAAGGAAAUACACAGGUAUUAGUCUCUAUAGAAACCUGUUCUACCAUCUUCCUUUACCUGCCUUCCCAGCCACACCUAGAACAGCCACGCUAUAAAGAAUUUCCAUCCCAGAGUACAGAUUCAAAACUUCAGCCUCUUUACUCAUCACGAUGGCGUCCUGGAGCUACAUGGGGAAUUACAUACUUCUAGCAAAUGCCAUUCACUUGCUGUUUAAAUUCCAGCAAAACAGAAUUGGCACUGUAUUAGAAAAUACUACCUGAAAGAAGGUUGUAGCGAGGUGGGUGUCGGUGUCUUUUCCCAGGUGACAAGCGAUAGGAUGAGAGGAAACAGCCUCAAGUGGUGCCAGGGAGGUUUAGGCUGGAUAUUAGGAAAAAUUUCUUCACCAAAAGGAUUGUCAAGCAUUGGAGCAGGCUGCCCAGGGAAGCAGCUGAGUCAUCAUCCCUGGGCAGGGGGUAUUUAAAAAUACUUAGGGACACGGUUUAGUGGUGGACUUGUCAGCUGACAGUUGGACUUGGUGAUCUUAAAGGUCUUUUCCAACCUAAAUGAUCCCUUGAUUCUUUUAGCAGAGUGGGUUUCCUGUAGCUCACUUCUUUCUGACAGGUUUUAAAGUGGUUCACAAUGGGAUGGGCA